AUUACGAAACCUCAAGUCAGCAGCUGAAACCCGGCGCUUCAUCUUCAACGUUAAUUAAAUGUCGAUCGGAGAAAUCGCCUCCACUUACGCAUGUUUAAUCCUCAACGAUGAGGAUAUUCCCGUCACUGCAGAGAAAAUUUCAUCUUUGGUGAAAGCUGCAAAUGUAACAGUGGAACCUUACUGGCCUCUAUUGUUUGCUAAACUUGCUGAGAAGAGAAACCUCGGUGAUCUGAUCAUGAAUGUUGGUGCUGGUGGCGGUGGUGCCGCAGUUGCCGUUGCAGCCCCAACUGGUGGAUCUGCUGGCGGUGCUGCCGCGGCUGCUCCAGCUGCUGAAGAAAAGAAGGAGGAACCCAAGGAAGAAAGUGACGAUGACAUGGGAUUCAGUCUUUUCGAUUAGGAGCUUGUUUCGGUAUGAAAUAGGUCUUCCUUAUGUUUGUGAUAGCAUUCUGGUGUAUGACCAUUUUGUGCUGUUAGAUGUAAUUGAGGUUAUGGACUUAUGUUAUGCUAGUAAAUGCUCAGUUUUUGGCAUACAUUUUUGUUUUGAUAUCUGCAAAUGCAUUUGCAAACUUCUUAGGUAUCUGAUUAUUAGCAUCUUGGAAAACUAUAUAGCAUUUGAUCAAAUUACCAA